CCCCGAGGCCAAGCAUUUGCCCCUCAAGGCACAAACCCGGGAGCAGGCUUGUGCUUCAGUUUAUGGAAACUGGAAACAGGAGCGAUGCGAAGGAGUGGGGGAAGCUGCUGAGAGGACGGGAACAGCGAUGGGCUCAUUCAGACGACCUCCUUCGCCCCACCUGUUCCCCUGAAAGGUGGCCCAGAAUGAGUGUGUAAGGUGAUGCUGCCCUGGGGAGGAGGGUCACGAGUUAAAGCACCGGAAGGAGCGAGGAUGCCCUGGGCGGCGACUCGCGACCUCGGGAGCUGGUUGGACUGCCCUGAACUGAUCUUCAGAGACUCCCAGAGCUACAAGCAGACAUGCAGCGUCCACCUGCGGCCGAGAAGACUUGAGGCCUCCUGGGUCCAUUGCUCUCAGGGGUCACCCCAGUUUUCCCUCGCCCGCACCCCUCGGCGCGCACCACGUCGCAGUAGGUUUUCCUGGGCUCUCAUUGCUUCCUAAGAAACUUGUUGGCUAUUUAAGAAGCUGAUCUGUCUGCUGGGGUGGUAAGAGAUGGCAAAUCCUGAGGUAGUAAUAACUAGCUGUAGUCCUCGCGAAGAUGAAAAUCACUGCACUUUUAACCAGCACACAUCCCCUUCUGAGGAGCUUCUAUUAGAAGACCAAAUGAGGCGGAAACUCAAAUUUUUUUUCAUGAAUCCUUGUGAGAAGUUCUGGGCUCGAGGUAGAAAACCAUGGAAACUUGCCAUACAGAUUCUAAAAAUUGCAAUGGUGACUAUCCAGUUGGUCUUUUUUGGGCUAAGUAACCAGAUGGUGGUAGCUUUCAAGGAAGAGAAUACUAUAGCAUUCAAACACCUGUUCCUAAAAGGAUAUAUGGACCGAACGGAUGAUACAUAUGCAGUGUAUACACAAAGUGAUGUGUAUGAUCAGAUCAUCUUUGCAGUGAACCAGUACUUGCAGCUACGCAACAUCUCAGUUGGGAAUCAUGCUUAUGAGAACAAGGGUGUGGAGCAAUCGGCUAUGGCAAUCUGUCAGCGCUUCUACAAGCAAGGAAACAUCUGUCCUGGGAAUGACACCUUUGAUAUUGAUCCAGACAUUGAAACCGAAUGUUUCUUUAUAGAGCCAGACGAACCUUUCCACAUAGGAACACUAGAAGAAAAUAAACUCAACUUAACACUGGAUUUUCACAGACUCCUAAUGGUGGAGCUGCAGUUUAAACUGAAGGCCAUUAACCUUCAGACUAUUCGUCAUCAUGAACUUCCUGACUGUUAUGACUUUACCCUGACUAUAACAUUUGACAACAAAGCCCAUAGUGGAAGAAUUAAGAUAAGCUUAGAUAAUGACAUUUCCAUCAGAGAAUGUAAAGACUGGCAUGUAUCUGGAUCAAUUCAGAAGAAUACUCAUUACAUGAUGAUCUUCGAUGCCUUUGUUAUUCUGACAUGCGUGGCUUCAUUAAUCCUCUGCCUUCGAUCUGUGAUUAGAGGGCUUCAGCUUCAACAGGAAUUUGUCAGUUUCUUCCUCCUCCACUAUAAGAAGGAAGUUUCUGUUUCUGAUCGAAUGCAAUUUGUCAAUGGAUGGUACAUUAUGAUUAUUAUUAGUGAUAUAUUGACAAUUAUUGGAUCAAUUCUGAAAAUGGAAAUUCAAGCAAAGAGUCUAACAAGUUAUGAUGUCUGUAGCAUACUUCUUGGCACUUCUACCAUGCUGGUGUGGCUUGGAGUCAUCCGAUACCUUGGUUUCUUUCAGAAGUACAAUCUCCUUAUUCUGACCCUUCAGGCAGCAUUGCCCAAUGUCAUGAGAUUCUGCUGCUGUGCAGCUAUGAUUUAUUUAGGCUAUUGCUUCUGUGGAUGGAUUGUGCUGGGGCCUUACCAUGAUAAGUUUCGUUCUCUGAACAUGGUCUCUGAGUGCCUUUUCUCUCUGAUAAACGGAGAUGAUAUGUUUGCCACAUUUGCAAAAAUGCAGCAAAAAAGUUACCUGGUUUGGCUGUUUAGCAGAAUUUACCUCUACUCAUUCAUCAGCCUCUUUAUAUAUAUGAUUUUAAGUCUUUUUAUUGCACUGAUCACAGAUACAUAUGAAACGAUUAAGCAUUACCAACAAAAUGGUUUCCCAGAGACUGAACUACGUAUGUUUAUAUCAGAAUGCAAAGAUCUACCCAAUUCUGGAAAAUACAGAUUAGAAGAUGACCCUUCAGUAUCCAUAUUCUGUUGUUGUAAAAAGUAACUAUCAGGAUUAUCUGUACCCUAGAGGACAAUAUUACACGUUCCUGAGUUGGAAGACAAUAUAGAUAUUUUAAGAUUGGGUGUACUAUGUUUGAAGGCUGUUAUUGAUAUUUUGAACAAAUUGAUGGCUGUAAUUGAUUAAGAUCUAUGUUUAUAUAUGUACUUUUUUGAUAUUUAAAGGGCAAGUUUAUUAGGGAAGGGAUAAUACAGUUAAAGACACUUGCAUAGACACAAGCAGGCAGGAAGAGCUGCCCCAGAAGAGAGAGGUUUGCUAAGAGAGGGCUGCAUGGUUGUAGGCAGGAGGCCUUAACAGGUUAUGGGCAGGCAGGAAGGCUGCUGCCUGCCAUACAGAGGGAGAGAGUUGGUGAAAAGAGGCACCUGCAUACUGACAGGUGGGCAGUGGGAGUGCUGCCUGCUUAUAUUUUUAAAAAUGAUGUUUAAUAUCUACAGUUUUAUGGUUUUUUUUUAAACUAACAUUGAUGAGGUAAGCUACUGAAUUCUUGUUCUUUCUUGGUCAUUUUGCAAUCGCUUUAGAAUGUGUUCUCUCUGCCGCUCUUUAUUCCAGGUCUUACACUCUUGCUUCCAGCUAUUCCGACUGUGCAGAUUGUGUCAUCAUAUAAAACCAUGGUCUGACAGUGAUUUCAGGCCACUCACUAGCCCUGGCCUGUAUAGCUCUCAGGGGUCUAUCCCUAAGAGACAGAUGGUUGUUGUAUAUCCAGUAGUCGCUGCAUUUAAAAAUUUUCUCUGAAAGGGCAGAAUAAGAAAGAAACAACCAUUAUCAACUAGUAGUUUGAUAUUUGGUUCUGGAGGACAAUUGUUAGCUGAUGCUGCUUUUAGCUCUGAUGGGAAUCUGUUUUUGUUUUUAGUAUUCAUUUACAGGUUUUCUUUCUUCCAGUGUUAAAGUACAAAGUUGAAAAAUUAUCCUAUACAUGUCUGAAAAUCAAAGCACAGAUCAAAUAUGUAUUCCAUCCCACAAUGAUUAUUUUAUUAGCACUUGUGUGGUCUUGUGAAAGCCAUGUGAUGGACUAUGCCUUUCAUUUAAUCUCACAGAAAGAAGAGUGGUGUUUUGGGGUCAGUGGCUGUGGUUUCACAGAGGGGUCUACUAAUAUUAAACCAUUUUGGAAAACAAUUAUGUUAACAUUUUUUAAAUGGUUGGGAAAUGUAUACAUUAAAAAAGAUUCCAGAGACAAUUUUUACUUCCUGCAAUUCACUGAUUGGAAGUUGCAUAGAUUUUUACAAUGUGAAUAUUUGUUUUGUAUAUUAUUCUGUGACUUCAUCUCUAUUCAAAUACAAAGGAAUUCAAUGAUGUAUAAUAAAGCUUUCCUCAAAGCAAACUUUUUUAAAAAGGAAAUUGAUU